AUGGAUCCCAAAUAUCAGUGUGUGAAACUGAAUGAUGGCCACUUCAUUCCUGUACUGGGAUUUGGAACCUAUGCACCUCCAGAGGAUCCUAAGAAUAAAACUCUGGAGGCCACUAAAGUAGCAAUAGAAGCUGGGUUUCGCCAUAUUGAUUCUGCUUAUUUCUACAAUAAUGAAGAGGAGGUUGGACUGGCCAUCCGAAGCAAGAUUGCAGAGGGCAUUGUGAAGAGAGAGGACAUAUUCUACACUUCAAAGCUCUGGUGCACUUUCCAUCGACCGGAGCUGGUCCGACCAGGCUUGGAAACGUCACUGAAAAGACUUCAGUUGGACUACGUUGACCUCUACCUUAUUCAUUUCCCAAUGUCUCUGAAGCCAGGAGAGGAGAUUUAUCCAGGAAAUGAACAAGGAAAUGUAUUACCUGAUACAGUGGAUCUCUGUGCCACGUGGGAGGCCAUGGAGAAGUGUAAGGACGCAGGAUUGGCCAAGUCCAUCGGGGUGUCCAACUUUAACCGCAGGCAGCUGGAGAUGAUCCUCAACAAGCCAGGGCUCAGGUACAAGCCCGUCUGCAACCAGGUGGAAUGUCAUCCUUAUCUCAACCAGAGCAAACUGCUGGAUUUCUGCAAGUCAAAAGACAUUGUUCUGGUUGCCUACAGUGCUCUGGGAAGCCAACGAGAAAAACAAUGGGUGGACCCAAGCGCCCUGGUUCUCUUGGAUGAUCCAGUUCUUUGUGCCAUGGCAGAAAAGCACAAGCGGACUCCAGCCCUGGUUGCCCUUCGCUACCAGCUGCAGCGUGGGGUGGUGGUCCUGGCCAAGAGUUUCAAUGAGAAGCACAUCAGGGAGAACUUGCAGGUUUUUGAAUUCCAGUUGUCUUCAGAAGACAUGAAAGUCCUAGAUGGCCUGAACAGAGAUAUUCGAUAUAUUGAUGCUAAAAUGUUGACCAGCCACCCUAAUUAUCCAUUUUCUGAUGAAUAUUGA